AUUCAGAAUGUCAAAAUCUGACAACAGAUGUGUAUUUUGUAGGAUUGCCAAUUUACAAGACCCUUACACAAGAAUUUUGUUUCAGGAUGAGGAGUUUGUUGCAUUCCGUGACAUCAGACCUGCAGCAGAUCAUCAUUACCUUAUUGUAACUAAACAACAUAUAAAGAAUCCCAAACAACUGAAGGCAGAGGACCUAGAAAUGUUUGAACGACUAAUUGCGACGGGAGAGAAGGUGUUGGAGAAUGCUGGAGGGAAAUAUGAAGAGGCCAGGUUUGGAUUUCACUGGCCACCUUUUACGUCCGUGAACCACCUGCAUUUACAUGUUAUAUCCCCUGUAUUGUCCAUGAACUUUUUAUCAAGACUAAUAUUCCGUGAAAAUUCCUACUGGUUUGUGACGGCUAAUUGGAUGAGUAAUCGGCUGAAAACAAUGAAAAACGAAUCGGCUGAUAGGACCAAGGACCAGUCGAACCUAUAGAAGACGUAAGUGUGAAGAACAUUAAUCAAGGCCUUAGGAAUUCGAUAGAUCCCCUGUGACCUUCAGAAUGUGUCAAACUUUAAUACCAAGUUCAAUUAGCUUCGAACACGAAUGAAAUGUCAAUGAUAUUAUCUAAAAAUUACGUGAUUAUGAAGAAUAAGAAGUACAGUGUAUUCGGUCCUUAAGUAUAGGAGUUUCGCUGCUGAAGACUUCUUUUGUUAAUGUCAGGAAUGAUUGUUAUAUAUUGUACUUUAAAUUGAUUAUAUUUUAAGUUGUUUUAUUGUAUGAACUAUAUAGUGAACGUUGAUGUAUAUGCAAGUAAAUUAAUAAAUGAAACAACGGAA